GUGGUGGGUUGGUGCUUUGGAAACCCAAAGCUUCCUACCCCGGGUGGGGGAGCACACUCUUGCGGCGGGGCGAGGGGCCAGGUUCCCUGCUGGGGAGAGGGGCUUGCAUCUGGGGAGUAUGUUUCCUGGCGGAGCGAUAUUUGUUUACAGGCUGAGGGCAGUACUGUAAGUGAGUAGCGCUGAGAGAAGGCGGCUGACAUAAAUUAAUAUUGAAAUUACUCCAUCAGCUCUGCUCGCCCCCCAUCUCACCCCCCAAGCGGAGACUGGUCUUCUCGUCGGAUUGCCCAUGCACUUGUUGCAGAAACAGCCAAGGCCCUGGCUGUGGAGGAUGCUGAAGGAAGAAGACGCAGAAGCAGGACAACCCUGAAAGAUUCAGCCUCUUCAUCCUCAAACAGGACCAGGCCUCCUCUUCCCGCCUGUCCAGCAGCAUGAAAGCAGCAUGACUGGCCGACCGCAGGAGAAGCCCCCAGAACCAGGCCGCCAACUCAGCCAUCUGCGGAGGUCAAGGUGUGAGCGCCGUCUCCUCACCGCAGUGCUGUGUGGUCCGUACCUCAGCCAGGGAGAGGAUGUGAAAUCCCCUGCCCUGCACAUGAGUGGUACAGGCCAACAGGAACACCUGGCUCCAGCCACGUUCACAGACAUGUCAGCCGUGGAGUAGUGCCGACACUUUCUCUCAGCUUCUCAGGGUUUCAGUCCUUUUGGGUUUGUUUUAUUUACCUUUUUUAUGGUUUUGUGGCUGGACGUUCACAACCAAGGCAGACAGCAUGGGUGACCAGCAACUGUACAAGACCAACCAUGUGGCCCACGGUAGUGAGAACCUUUUCUACCAACAGCCACCACUUGGCGUCCACAGCGGGCUGAACCACAACUAUGGGAAUGCAGUAACAGGGGGCGGAAUGGAUGCCCCUCAGGCUUCGCCCAUCUCCCCCCACUUCCCUCAAGAAACGCGGGAUGGUCUGGGCUUGCCUGUUGGCUCCAAAAACCUUGGCCAAAUGGAUACCUCGAGGCAGGGAGGGUGGGGUAGUCAUGCAGGGCCUGGAAACCAUGUCCAGCUACGUGGAAACCUGGCCAACUCAAACAUGAUGUGGGGGGCACCGGCCCAGGCUGAGCCCACUGAUGGCUACCAAUAUACCUACUCCCAGGCCAGCGAGAUCCGGACCCAGAAGCUUACCAGCGGUGUCUUACACAAGCUGGACUCUUUCACCCAGGUGUUUGCCAACCAAAACCUGCGAAUUCAGGUCAACAAUAUGGCCCAGGUGCUGCACACUCAGUCAGCAGUGAUGGAUGGAGCCCCUGACAGUGCCCUCCGCCAGCUGCUGUCUCAGAAGCCCAUGGAGCCCCCAGCACCGGCUAUCCCCUCCCGCUACCAGCAGGUGUCCCAGCAGCCUCACCCUGGUUUCACUGGUGGUCUGUCCAAACCAGCCCUUCCGGUCGGGCAGCACCCUACCCAAGGGCACCUGUAUUAUGACUACCAGCAGCCACUGGCUCAGGUGCCAGUGCAGGGAGGACAGCCACUGCAGGCCCCACAGGUGCUGUCACAGCACAUGCAACAGAUGCAGCAGCACCAGUAUUACCCACCGCAGCAACAGCAGCAAGCUGGGCAACAGCGUAUCUCCAUGCAAGAAAUACAGACGCAGCCGCAACAAAUUCGCCCAUCACAACCACAGCCGCCACCGCAGCAGCAGCAGCUACAGCUGCAGCAGCGGCAGGGUUCAAUGCAGAUACCUCAGUAUUAUCAGCCCCAACCCAUGAUGCAGCACUUGCAAGAGCAGCAGCAGCAACAGAUGCACCUGCAGCCCCCUUCUUAUCACAGGGACCCUCACCAAUAUACCCCAGAGCAGGCACACACUGUCCAGCUGAUUCCUCUGGGCUCCAUGUCCCAGUACUACUACCAGGAGCCCCAGCAGCCCUACAGCCACCCCCUCUACCAGCAGAGCCACCUGCCCCAGCACCAGCAGCGUGAGGACAGUCAACUGAAGACCUACUCUAGCGACAGACAGGCCCAGGCCAUGCUAAGCUCCCAUGGGGACCUGGGGCCUCCUGACGCAGGAAUGGGAGACCCAGCGAGCUCGGAUCUGACCCGGGUCAGCAGCACCCUCCCCCAUCGUCCCCUCCUAUCCCCCAGUGGGAUCCACCUCAACAACAUGGGGCCUCAGCAUCAGCAGCUGUCUCCUAGUGCCAUGUGGCCCCAGAUGCACCUACCUGAUGGGAGAGCCCAGCCAGGGUCCCCUGAGUCAAGUGGCCAACCCAAAGGAGUGUUUGGGGAGCAGUUUGAUGCCAAGAACAAGCUGACGUGCUCCAUCUGCCUGAAGGAGUUCAAGAACCUGCCUGCCCUGAACGGCCACAUGCGGUCCCACGGGGGAAUGAGGGCCUCCCCCAACCUCAAACAGGAGGAAGGAGAGAAGGUCCUGCCGCCUCAGCCCCAGCCACCACUGCCGCCUCCGCCUCCGCCUCCGCCGCCGCCACAGCUCCCUCCCGAGGCAGAAAGCCUCACGCCUAUGGUCAUGCCCGUGUCUGUCCCUGUCAAGCUUCUCCCGCCCAAGCCCAGCUCUCAGGGGUUCACCAACAGCACCGUUGCCGCCCCCUCCGCCAGAGACAAGCCAGCCAGCUCGAUGUCGGACGACGAGAUGCCUGUGCUCGAAAUCCCCAGGAAGCAUCAGCCCAGCGUGCCCAAAGCCGAGGAGCCCCUCAAGACCGUGCAGGAGAAGAAAAAGUUCCGGCACCGGCCGGAACCACUCUUCAUCCCGCCGCCGCCCUCCUACAACCCAAACCCCGCCGCCUCCUACUCGGGCGCCACCCUGUACCAGAGCCAGCUGCGCUCCCCGCGCGUCCUCGGGGAUCACCUGCUCCUGGACCCCACCCACGAGCUGCCCCCUUACACGCCCCCACCCAUGCUGAGCCCGGUGCGCCAGGGCUCGGGGCUCUUCAGCAAUGUCAUCUCCGGCCACGGCCCUGGCGCCCACCCGCAGCUGCCCCUGACGCCCCUGACGCCCACGCCACGGGUGCUGCUGUGUCGCUCCAACAGCAUCGAUGGCAGCAACGUGACGGUCACCCCAGGGCCUGGAGAGCAGACUGUAGAUGUUGAACCACGCAUCAACAUUGGCUUGAGAUUCCAAGCAGAAAUCCCUGAACUCCAAGAUAUCUCUGCCCUGGCCCAGGACACACACAAGGCCACACUGGUAUGGAAGCCCUGGCCAGAACUAGAAAACCAUGACCUCCAGCAAAGAGUGGAGAAUCUUCUGCAUUUGUGCUGUUCCAGUGCAUUGCCAGGUGGAGGAACCAAUUCUGAAUUUGCUUUGCACUCUCUGUUUGAGGCCAAAGGUGAUGUAAUGGUUGCUCUGGAAAUGCUGCUGCUGCGGAAGCCGGUCAGGUUAAAAUGUCAUCCUUUAGCAAAUUACCACUAUGCCGGUUCGGACAAGUGGACCUCCCUAGAAAGAAAACUGUUUAACAAAGCACUAGCCACUUACAGCAAAGACUUUAUUUUUGUACAGAAGAUGGUGAAGUCCAAGACGGUGGCUCAGUGCGUGGAGUACUACUACACAUGGAAAAAGAUCAUGCGGCUGGGGCGGAAACACCGGACACGCCUGGCAGAAAUCAUCGACGAUUGUGUGACAAGUGAAGAAGAAGAAGAGUUAGAGGAGGAGGAGGAGGACCCGGAAGAAGAUAGGAAAUCCACAAAAGAAGAAGAGAGUGAGGUGCCGAAGUCCCCGGAGCCGCCACCCGUUCCCGUCCUGGCUCCCACGGAGGGGCCGCCCCUGCAAGCCCUGGGCCAGCCCUCAGGCUCCUUCAUCUGUGAAAUGCCCAACUGUGGGGCUGUGUUCAGCUCCCGACAGGCACUGAAUGGCCAUGCCCGCAUCCACGGGGGCACCAACCAGGUGACCAAGGCCCGAGGUGCCAUCCCCUCUGGGAAGCAGAAGCCUGGUGGCACCCAGAGUGGGUACUGUUCGGUGAAGAGCUCACCCUCUCACAGCACCACCAGCGGCGAGACAGACCCCACCACCAUCUUCCCCUGCAAGGAGUGUGGCAAAGUCUUCUUCAAGAUCAAAAGCCGAAAUGCGCACAUGAAAACUCACAGGCAGCAGGAGGAACAGCAGAGGCAAAAGGCUCAGAAGGCGGCUUUUGCAGCUGAGAUGGCAGCCACGAUCGAGAGGACUACGGGGCCUGUGGGGGCGCCAGGGCUGCUGCCCCUGGACCAGCUGAGUCUGAUAAAACCCAUCAAGGACGUGGACAUCCUCGACGACGACGUUGUCCAGCAGUUAGGAGGUGUCAUGGAAGAGGCUGAAGUCGUGGACACCGAUCUUCUCUUGGAUGAUCAAGAUUCAGUCUUGCUUCAGGGUGACGCAGAACUAUAAAGCCCUGUGUGUCACUUAAAGACAGUGAAAACCCACGGCCUCCGUCUUCAUUAAUCAGGAAACCUGGACUGCCUGCUUGUUUUGUAACCCUUUUAAACUACCUGUUUUAAAAGUGGUCAUUUUAUUCAGGUUUAGAAAAAAAAAUCCCAUUUCUUUUCCUUUUAUUUAAAAAAAAAAUUGUUUUUGUGGGGGGUUGGGGGAAUAAAUAAUUGGCACAACUAUCUUUAAGAGGUGUUUCAUCUGGGCUACCUUCUCAUGAAAUCAUUCCUGGUAGGGACUGAAGCUGACCUUCAUGUUCCAUUGCUUUCAGAUGUCAACCAUCCCGGUUGCCUUUUAUCCCAAAGCUUGCUGUGAGUGUGUGUGUGAGAGAGGCAGGCGACCCUCUUAGUACUGGGGUCUUGGGGCCAACUUUUCCCGUCAAGCGUUACUUUGAUUCUGUUCUGACCUCAUUCCAGAGUUUGCAGUAAGCAUGGCAUCUUCGCCUGGAGAUACUAUGCUAGGGGCAGCUUUCCAGGGGCAAAGCAAGCCCUGGUGUUACACAGCUCUCCUCCAGCACACGCGACGUGUGAGGAGAUGACCAAAUGUGAAAAUAGGUUUCCGCUGUGUUGCCUGUCAUCCUUUGGGCCGUUUGCAGGAAUGGAGUACUGUAUAAUUUUAGGCUUUCAUUCCCAGCAGUGUUUACUGAGGACCUGGUUUUCUACAGCAGGUGCGUCCUGUCCUGUGUUCCCUGGGGGCUGGUCAGCUCCAAGUUGUGGGUCGCAGAACUGUGUUUCAGCAUGAACUGACUAGAGACCCAUCUGGAGGCAAAUAUUAAGUUGCCAGGACUGCUUUCACUUUAGGGUGAUUGAAGGACACAUAUUGAAGUACCUAGAAUGCCAGAAAGUGUUCUAUUGCCCAAAAAACAAAUCAGAAAAGCCUAUUCUUAUUUACAACACUGUUAAUGAUUAGUGGAGUUCUGAAAUUACUUUGUGCCACUUGGAAGUACUGUGAAACCGCAUUCACUGGGAUUUUGCUGUAAUUCACAUCCGCUGGACUGAAGUUUACCUUGAUGUUAGCUAUAAGAAAUAGUUUUCUGACACAUAUGAUAGCAAAUACAAGACAAAUAGCAUUGAAGGCCAACAAAUAUGGCUUCAGAUACACCUUAGCUAUAAUGUUUGCAUUCACACAAUGAAUGUAUUCAUUACAAGUCACUUACCAAAGUACUUCUAGACUUCUCCAACCUUCAUGACUUUGCUCUGCUUCCUCCUGUCCCUGUCAGCAGGGUUGCUGUUUGUACUUGAAGGUAAUAAACCUGUAAUCCUUCAAAAAUGCCAUUUAGCCCCAGGCUUCUGAACUGAGUCAGACUGACCCAUCCCACCGUUAGGGCAAAAGUCAGGCUGGGACACAGCCCCAGUACAGAGAGGAUCCUGCUUCACACAACUCCCCUUUCGGAGUUAAUGCAGCGUGAUUUCCUGGGCCGGUGUUUUCAGGCAUCGCCCACCCCAGGUAUGCUGGUUCCCAGCUCCACAUAAAUGUGCCUAUCACGCUGGGCCACUUUGCUGACACAUUCAUAGCUUGACAUGAGAGAGAAUAUCAGCAGAAGCAUGAGCGUAGGAUCUGACGUCUUUGAUUCUGCAAAAGCAUUUAGCACACACUCAUGGCGGGGAACCAGCUGUGAGCCACAGCAACCCCACACAGGCAGUGGUCUCUGAACUUCAGGAAAGUCAUGAACAGAAGAAAAACUAAAAUUAUUUUCCAUCAUUCUAUCUUCAAAGAAGAGGUCUUGGCGUUUUCCUACAUCUUUUGUUUAGAGGGGAAAAAAAAGUUUCCUUUGCUACCACUUCAGAAAGGUUAUGCUAUCUUGUUUUAUCCAAGCAGUCAUGAGUCAAGAACUGCCUGGGCAGUGUGCAUCAACUUUGUGGCCGAACCAUUACAGCUGUCAUAUCCUUGGCUGAUCGUCUCUCCCGGGGACUACUGCCCUCCACUUAGUGUCUGAGGGUGAGCCUAGAAGGGUGCUGCUACUGGGUCUGUGGAAACUUAUCUAUCAAAGGAGCAAACAUCCAGAAAAGUGUUUAUAAAGCAAAUGUAUUGCCUCUGUUUAGAGAUUUGCCCAGCUGUUCCAGUUUUAAACAUUAAAAAACAAACUCGGUUGCCAUGGCAAAAAUAGAAGGCACAGCUUACUUUUAAUUUUCCAUGCAGUAUAGCAUAAGGAUUUUUGACUUGAAACAACCAAAGAACUCCUCCAUAACGAGACAGUUCAAAUUCCUGAAUUAGUAUUUCUUGACUAUCAACUUAAAGAAUGGACUUCCUAGGACAAUGUUGCACUUUUUUUUUUUCCUGAAAUAAUUCUGCCUGCAUGUAUGUGUUGUUUUGGCUUCUGCCCUUACCCCACCCCAAAGAACUUUUCUUCCUAAUGGUUAAUGUCUCAACUCGGUUACUGUUUACUAUCAGAUGGUUUUUCAUUAGUGAAUUUAGACCUCUUUGAGAAAGCUUGUAUAUAAAAAGUUAACAGAUAUAUUUUAUGGAAAAACCCAUCUUAUUUUCAAAUAUAUUUAACUGCUGUUAUAUUUUAUUAGAGGAAGGUUGUAAAUAUUUUCUAGGAGUUCUAUUGUAAAGAAAAGUAUUUUUGAAAAAAAUUAAUGUAAUAAAAAGGAAAACAUUUUUAAAUAGUGGUUGUGAUUGCUUCCUGUUCUGGCUUCGUUAUGUUCUAUUCUCAGCAGAUGAAUUGCAUGCCUUCCAUAUCAGGAUGUAAUUUAUUCAGGUUUGCACUAUUAUAAGUUGACAUCAUAAUAUCUAGUGUGCUUAACUGUAUUUUCCUGGAAUGCAAGUCCCUUGGUCCAUAUUAAAGCACUAUGUAUAGCAUAUUCAUAAUUUUUCUUUUGUAAUGUGUGUAUUUUUAAUAAGGAUUUUAUGUAACAUUUUGGCAAAAAGAGGACAGUAUUUUCUAGUGAAUUUUAUAAUAACAUUUUGCUAAAAAUGUUUCUUCCUAGGUCAGUUUUUGUUAAGGUGAACCAAAAGUCUUAUUUUACCAGGGGUUUAAAAAAAGUUUGAAGCUUGAAAGCAAAGUUAUAUUUAAACAUCAUAUGUAACAAAUAAAUAAAGAUGUUUUAUAGACUUGUCCUAAAAAGGUGCAUUCCUUAAAAAAAAAAAAAGAAAGAAAGAAAGAAAGAGAAAGAAAGAAACUGGGGCAUUCUAGGUUGUUUCCCCUCCAAGUGAUAAGCUUUUUUUGUUUUUUUGUUUUUUUUAAUUGUCACAAUGCUUCUUCAGAAAGGGAACCAGGGAAAUUUUAUUUAACACAUUCUAAUCAUUAGCCUUCUCAGAAAGUUAUUACAGUUCUUAUAGAUGGGCAUUCAUCAAAUGGAGAUGUAACCAAAUAGACACUGUCAUAUUUAUUUGUGAAAACCUGAUUCAAUAUUGCAUCAGCUGCUCUGAAAAUAAAAUAUUAUCUUUUUGC